AGCCUUAAGUUGCGCGCGCCCGCCUUCGCGGACCCCACCGCCAGCCUCGCGGGCCACCCCUUCACAUCGGAGUUUGUCGGCGCUAGCAGCACUCGCCCUCCGCCAGCCCACAGACAGAGCCGCCCGCACUCUUGUGUUCUCUCUUCGGCUCGGUCACAUAGUAUGAACUUUAGGUGUUUCGUCUCCCAACCGUUUUCUAUGGAAAACCCAGGGGGUCGGGUGAUGAUAGCCACUGGUGGCUUUGAAGAACGGGACGCCUUUAGAGAAGCUUGAUCUUGGAGGCCUCAGCGUGAGACCUUACGGAGCCGGAUCCGGCAGAGUUCCUCUGUCUCGUCUUGUUGUGGAUUGAAGGUGCCCAUUCUCCAGUUUUUCUCCACCUCCUGGGAGGCAGCAGGAAAGCAACACCAUGGUUGGGUUCAAGGCCACAGAUGUCCCCCCUACUGCCACUGUGAAGUUCCUGGGGGCCGGCACAGCUGCGUGCAUCGCGGAUCUCAUCACCUUUCCCCUGGAUACUGCUAAAGUCCGGCUGCAGAUCCAAGGAGAAAGUCAGGGGUCAGUGCGUGCUGCAGCCAGCGCCCAGUACCGCGGCGUGCUGGGCACCAUCCUGACCAUGGUGCGCACCGAGGGCCCGCGCAGCCUCUACAACGGGCUGGUGGCCGGCCUGCAGCGCCAGAUGAGCUUCGCCUCCGUCCGCAUCGGCCUCUACGACUCCGUCAAACAGUUCUACACCAAGGGCUCUGAGCAUGCCGGCCUCGGGAGCCGCCUCCUGGCAGGCAGCACCACAGGUGCCCUGGCUGUGGCUGUGGCCCAGCCCACGGACGUGGUAAAGGUCCGGUUCCAAGCUCAGGCGCGGGCUGGAGGUGGCCGAGGAUACCAAAGCACUGUGGAUGCGUACAGGACCAUCGCCCGAGAGGAGGGGCUCCGCGGGCUCUGGAAAGGCACGUCUCCCAACGUGGCUCGGAAUGCCAUUGUCAACUGUGCCGAGCUGGUCACCUAUGACCUCAUCAAGGAAGCCCUCCUGAAGGCCAACAUCAUGACGGAUGACCUCCCUUGCCACUUCACGUCCGCCUUUGGAGCGGGCUUUUGCACCACCGUCAUCGCCUCCCCCGUCGACGUGGUCAAGACGAGAUACAUGAACUCUGCCCUGGGCCAGUACAGCAGCGCUGGCCACUGUGCCCUCACCAUGCUCCAGAAGGAGGGGCCCCGAGCCUUCUACAAAGGGUUCAUGCCCUCCUUUCUCCGCUUGGGCUCCUGGAACGUGGUGAUGUUUGUCACCUAUGAGCAGCUGAAACGGGCCCUCACGGCUGCCUGUGCGUCCCGGGAAGCCCCCUUCUGAGCCGUCCUGCUGCCGACCUCGACACCUCUGGCUCUGCCUUCAGCCGCAGCGGGGCCCUGCUUCUUUUUCUUCCGUCCCCCCGCCCUUCCCUCUUUCCCUGCCUCUUCCCAACAUCUUCCUCUCCCUCCCCCAUUCCAAUCCCCCCACCCAUCUCCCCAGCUACCUCUCCGGGCUGGUAGUGCUGACCCCAAUUGACAUGGGAGAGGCCUACCACCAGCCGGGAUCCCAAGCCCUCAGUCCCUGGAAAAGUUCAAUCCGAAUCUUUGCCUGGUCCCUAGCCUAGCCCAGCCCGACUGUCGCCCAUAAAGCAAGCUCAACCUUG